UUUUUGCAUCAUCUUCAAAAUUCUCUAACAAGAAGAAAGACCAAAUUGUAGAAUAGGCAGUGCCUUAAGGUACGCAUAAGUGAUUAGAAUAGAUCAAACCUAACUUCGCUGACCAAGGGGCGAGCGCAGAAGCGAUAGAGGAGAAUAGUUGUAAUUCUUUAGUGUAGAGUUGUAUUGGGUGUGACUUUACUUGUGAGUGGGUGUGCCAAAGUACCUCUUUGGCUCUUCUCUUCUGGUGCCUAAACAAAACUAUAGGUUAAAAAAAUAAAGGCCUCGGAUUUGGAGCAAGAAUUAAAAAGGGUCUCAAAGAGAGAGAGAGAGAGGGAGUUUUUGUGUGCGUGUGGGAACUCUUUCAUCUUGCACUUGCACUUUAUUCUCUCUUCUUCAAAUUCGAUACUUUGCUCUGUGCCCAGAACGAGGUUUUUUGUUGCCUUGAGAACUCUCUAUCUUUCUCUCUCUUCAUCUUUCUCCUUUUUAUGUCUCCUACAUUGUCUUGUUCUACUCUCAGAAUCUCAUAGUCUUACUUCCACGCAUCAGUUCUUUCGUUCUCUAUCUGUAUUUGUCCGUUUCCUGUUUUAGUUGCCUCUCUUUCAGUUUCUUUUCUUUCCUCAUUUUCUCUGUUUUAUCUGAAAUGGCUACAGAAGGGGAAUAGAGAGAAGAACUUCUUCGUUCUUACAAUUGUAACUGGGUAUUUCUUGAGUUUCUCUUCCUAUUUAUAAAAUGCCGAGAAUCUGUGAAUUUCUUGCUGCCUCAAUUGUUUUCUCUUCGUUACCUAAGGAAAACAGAGCAUUGCCCAUUUGUUCUUUUUUUUUUCUCUUUUUAUUUAAUCAUUGAGUUUCUUCGAUUUUCCCCUUGGUUUUAGCAUAGAACAGGAGAUUACGCCUUUUAUAGGCUCUUCCUUAAAAAACUUCGUUUCCAGGAUUCUUUCUAUUCUUCAACUCUCACAUUUUUUUCUGAGCAAAACCCAUAAGAUAUCUGAACAGAAGUUUUAUAAACAGGAGUUAAAAAUUUUGGAAGGCUUUAUGAAUUUGUGAAACAAUGAGAGAUGGGAACUCGAAGAAUAGCAAGCUUUCAUGGCCCAAGACACUGGUCAAGAAGUGGUUCAAUAUCAAGAGCAAAGCUGAGGAAUUUCAAGCAGAUGAUGUUGUUUAUGGAGGUGAUGAUGAAGAUUGGAGGAGCAAGUUCUCAGAGAUAGAGGCAUGCACCAUCAAGAAAAGCAAAACAGUGAGAUUGAACAAAAGGAACUCUGAUCGAGUCCGGCGAAGUAAGAUUGAUGUUGAUGCUGCACAAGUUACUGAUGUUCACAAUUACAGGAUAUUUGUUGCAACAUGGAAUGUGGCUGGAAAAUCUCCUCCAGGUUAUUUGAAUCUUGAAGAUUGGCUUCAUACCUCUCCUCCUGCUGACAUUUAUGUUCUUGGGUUUCAAGAAAUCGUUCCAUUGAAUGCUGGCAAUGUCUUGGGUACAGAAGACAAUGGCCCAGCCAGAAAAUGGCUAGCUCUUAUUAGGAAGACUCUAAAUAGUCUUCCUGGUGCAAGUGGUGGUUACCAUACUCCUUCCCCCAUCCCUGAUCCAAUUGUGGAAUUGGAUGCGGAUUUUGAGGGAUCAACAAGGCAAAAGGCCUUAUCUUUAUUCCACCGCCGCUCAUUUCAAUCAUUGAGCCGCAGCAUGAGAAUGGAUAAUGACAUGUCAAUCCUGCAACCUAGACUUGACCGGCGCUUCAGUGUAUGUGACAGGGUUAUCUUUGGACAUAGGCCAAGUGAUUAUGACCCUAAUUUCAAAUGGGGUUCUUCUGAUGAAGAGAAUGGACUUGGGGAUUCACCUGGUACUACUCAAUAUUCACCAAUUGACUACAGUGGUUCCUUCUCAGGGGAGGAUAGAGAUAAGCAAAUGGGGCAAUCCAGCUACUGUUUGGUUGCCAGUAAGCAAAUGGUUGGGAUAUUUCUAACAGUUUGGGUAAGAAGUGAACUCAGAGAUGAUGUCCGCAACAUGAAAGUGUCUUGUGUGGGCAGAGGACUGAUGGGUUAUCUUGGAAACAAGGGUUCAAUUUCAAUUAGCAUGUCAUUGCACCAAACAACCUUUUGCUUCAUCUGUAGUCAUUUAACGUCUGGGCAGAAGGAGGGAGAUGAGCUACGGAGAAAUUCUGAUGUCAUGGAGAUCCUUAGGAAGACAAGGUUUCCCAGAGUUCAUGGCAUGGGAGAUGAGAACUCGCCUCAAACAAUUCUGGAACAUGAUCGAAUUAUUUGGCUAGGGGAUUUAAAUUAUCGAAUUGCCCUGUCUUACCGUACUGCAAAGGCUCUUGUAGAGAUGCACAACUGGAGGGCAUUGUUGGAGAAUGACCAGCUUCGGAUAGAACAAAGACAAGGACGGGUCUUUCAGGGUUGGAAUGAAGGGAAGAUAUAUUUCCCUCCAACAUACAAGUAUUCUAAUAAUUCAGAUCGAUAUGCAGGGGACGACAGGCACCCAAAAGAAAAGCGAAGAACUCCUGCAUGGUGUGACCGCAUAUUAUGGUAUGGAAGAGGCCUCAAUCAAUUGUCCUAUGUACGUGGAGAAUCAAGAUUCUCAGAUCAUAGACCAGUUUAUAGCAUAUUUUUGGCUGAGGUUGAAUCCAUAAACCGAGGCCGAAUCAAGAAAAACAUGAGUUGUUCUAGUUCAAGAAUUGAGGUAGAAGAGUUGCUGCCUCAUGCACUUGGAUACACUGAGCUCAACUUCUUUUAAAAGAUGGAUUUCUGACUCAUGCAUAUUGUUGAAUGCCCAACAAAUGAAAAGGGAUUUUCUGCUGUACAGCCAAGAGCCAAGAUGCAGGAUUCAUCUUGAUACAAACAAGAUCAUUUUUACAAACAGUUGUUGCUCAAAAAUAUCAAACUUUUGUUUCUGUCCUCAGUUAUUCAGUUGGGGGCAGUGUCGUUAUGAGACUCUCCCUUCAGUGGUGAUAGAGACACCCUGUUGCCUACAAUCCAAUAAAGGUACAGCUUUUCUAUAUUUUGUCAAUAACUGCUGACUCAAAAAGAUAGCAGCAUCACAAAGUGCAAAUUCACAAACGUAACUACCAUGCCUGCAAACAAGUAUGUGUGAACAUAAAUACUAAGGAUAAGAACUUGCCAUACCUGCCAAAUUAAGGAGCUGUUUACAGGUCUAACUUACUGAAAAUUCAAUUUGCAAAGAAAGAAUAAAUAAAAAUCAGAUGGAGGUGUCAUUUUUCGGUCUUUCUUUGUAUUGUAUUUUGUUGUGUACUACUGGUGUAAAAGAGAGAAAAAACUGUGAAAGAAGUGGGGGAAAUGAUGGCUGCUCAUCACAAAUUUAAAAGAAGAGUUGAAGUUCUGAUAGAUAUGAAGUUUCUUUUUCUUUCUGUUGGUGCAAAUGAUUUUUCUAAAAAAGAAAAGUAACUUGCUUCAUCAUCCAUAUUGCCAUUU